ACACCUUAGUCCCCACGUCAUGUAAUAGAGAAUAAAUUUGAGCAGCAAGUAAAGAUGAGUGAGAGAGCUGGAAGUAGUUGUCGUUACGUAGAUUUAAUUGCAACAAGUGUAAAUUUAACUUGAAAGCACCCUUGUACAGUAACCGCGCCACCAUUUAGUAACUUUCGGUAGUCAGUAUUUGAAUGGUCAGCAUGUUGCCAUCUUCUAGCAGGGUAAAACUGAACCGAGUCGCAUUAAAAAACGUUAUAGAGUUAAAACUGGUGCCGCGGCGCAGACGAGUCGCCACGUCGCUGAAUAACGUUUCAGCUGACUCCCAAAAACAAGAGGAUAACCGCCUUUCUGAACCAGAGUCAGUGAAAGAGGACGCAUCCGUGUCUAGCAGCAAUGAACCCGUCCACACUUUUUUAACAGACCAAAUGGGCCCAGAAAAUGUGGCCGACACGACUGAUAACAUCCCUGAAGGAGAGACGGAGGAAAACUGCGUAGACACUGAUAGAAAUACUUACCCGAGCCCCACUGCGCUUACUGGUUCAGAAGGGUCUUUGAGAAGAGCUGUCAGACCCUCCAGCUGUGGUUUUUGGGGUCACUGUGAAUACGUUUCCCCUCAGCAGAAGGCAUUGGGAAAGCAAGGGCAAAAAUGCUGUAGUCCAGGGCAGGACCAGCGUAUGGUUGAGGUUCAGAUCAAGGAGGAAAACCAAGCCACUGAGGCCUCUCAGAAGAUUACUAUAUGGACAGGCCAGUACCCAAAGGUGACGCUUUGUGACAUAGCCCAAAAAUGUGAUGCUAUUUGUCAAGAUAGUGGCUACAUGUUGCCGGAUGUUCUCAAGACCAAGGUUGUGCAUUGCUUCAAACAGGACAUGACAGCUGGAUUUCAGUUUGCGCCUGAUUGCUUAACACAUAACGGACACAAAAGUGAGGAUUGUGCUGUGGCUAAAAGUAAACAGUUUUGUCCUCGGGUUCAGUCGAAGAAGAGCAUCUGUCGGUCUCAGAGUCUGAUUGAACACCAGAGACACCUGAAAGAACGCACAAAUGCACAGAUGUUACCCAGUCAUGCCGCAUGUCGUUUUCACAAGACUUGGACAAGUGAAGGCUGUGCAACCUGUUCUGCUUCUUUCUUACUAGGUAAACGUGCAAAAAUGUGGGACUGCAGGACUGAUGCGUGGGACAGAAAUGUUGAGGAGGAUCCUGGCCUAGGAUCUCACAUCACAGGAGUGGAGAUUCACACAGACAAAAAGAUAAAGCUUGGGAAUGGUGUUAAAGAUGAGAGAUGGCCAUCCACUCCACAUUUAAAAUGCAGUCCUGCAAAAACUGACUCCAGAGACCAAGAGAAAACAUGUUUUUGGAUGUCUGAUGACAGUCAGUCAUGUUCACAGCAUGCUGUAGGAGGCUGCAGCACUUUUGGCUCAGCUGUGAAAGAAAACAGUGUCCACAAGAAACCUUGUAGUGAGCUAGAUAGUUCCACUAAAGCCAAUGAGAAACAAAUGUCAUUGGAACCGUUCUGUCAGGAGACCAACAUCACAACAGAUGAACUUGGGUCUUUCACCUGCCAGAGAGUUAGGGUCUAUUUAAGAAAAAAUACAUUUUCUUGUGCACGCACGUACAUGUCCUGGCCCUUUUCUGACAGUAGCUGUACUAAGGGUCCAUCAGAUAACGGUGACUCAUCAAUAAAUCAAAAUCAGCCAGGUACACCCAGCAGCCCAACCAAUGACGCACUCCCAAAUGCACCUACGGGCCUGUCUUUAAACACAACCUACCAGGUUUCUCAUCGAAAUGACAAGGAUGGAAAAAGCUUUUUAGCAGAGAGAAAUGGUGAUAUAUCUUCAUACUCUCCGGACUACACAAACAUGGAGUUUACACCUCACUUAAUGGAGAAUGAAGAAACACUAGUUUGUCUCCCCUCAGAUAAGGCCACCCUUUGCAGCCCAAGCCAUUGUGGAAGAGAUCCUGGCGCAGAUGUGGCCUCAUCAUCAUCUUUGCCUGUUAAUGAAACUCUAGGCAACAGCUCCACGUCUACUCCAUCCCUCUCAGUAUCUGGCCUGAGUGACUGGGAAACUGCCACUACUUUGUCUUCAGUGUCAUCACCAUUAACGUACAAUGGUUUGAGAAGUCUCUCAGCUACACUCUCCGCUCUUCCAUCUUCACUGUACCUACAAGACAAAAGCGGUGAGGCAGCUGAUGAAUCUUCACCCAGUUGUAUGAUUAGAACCGUAGAAAAGCCAUUGCUCUACUACGAAGAUACCAGAAAGUUUUCAUGCACUUUCUCAUCCUCUUCUCCACACAAUUCUGAUUCCUUUCAGUCAUGUGACUCUUCCCUCCUCCUCCCUCAAGAGGAGCAAGAGAGUGAUAAAGCACUUCUUGUAAGCAGGUGUCCACCAAAGCUGGAGCCAUAUUAUAAUACAAACCCCAUUAAUGUUGAGAGAUCAUUGCACAACAUCCUCAUAGAAAAGUCAGUAGAGAGUGAGUUCAUACUUCCACCAAUGCUCUCUCCUGUCCCUUCACCACAAAGGCACUCACGGACAAGCCCCCUAAGGAGAUGUCUGGUGAAGGAGGAGGAGGAAAUAAACACAGAUGCCUGCAAACAUAAAAUGCUAGCUGGGUGUCGCAUGCCCCAAAUUGCUAAUGAUAAUAUUGAAAACUCCAUGGAUUAUCUUGGACGUGGUAGGGAAGAAUUGGACGGAGUCUCGACAAAUUUGAAACCUCAAACUGUUGCACACAACCCUCAGCCUUGUUCCAGCAGUGAUGAAGAUAUGGAUGAUGGUAAUGAAGAGGAAAGCCAGGAUGAAACUGACUGCGAAAAUGCCGUGGAACAGGGUAACAAAAAAUCUGAACAAGUUUCCCCGGACCCUAACGUAAAGGCAGCGUUUACCUCAGGUGUUCUGACAGAACCUCGCUCUUCUCCCAGCAGUGAUGAAGAUGAAGGUGGAGCUUUCAUUGAUGAGGGUUGGCUGUGUUCCGUUGGAGACGAGGGAUCAAGUCCAUCUGACAUAACAGACAGUGAAAGGGAUCUGGCCAAAACAGAAGCUGCUGGCGACACUCAGCAGGGCAUUUUGGAUGAGUUCACAGCUUAUGAACAGGAUAUCUUGCUUGUUGACGUGAUCCAGGAUGACCCAGAGCUGUUUGAAAACUUGCCCAAGGAAAGUUUACUGAAGCUGGGUCCUACAAGGGUUACCGAUGCCCUGAAAACCGGUCCUCUUGGAGUGGUGAAAAUAGGUGGGGCAACCCGGUUGACCCCUGUCACUGUCAAUUUUCUCUGCGACAGUCCUGAAAUCACAGAGAAGAGCAACAGGCCAUGGAGACCUUAUUGUAGCAGCACCCCUUCCAAAGCACAACGCAACACAUGUCCCGCCGCAGAAAAACAAACCAAAAACAUGGGUCAGCCUGAUGCCAACAACAAUCAUGUCAGUGAAGUGGAAAGGAACCAGCCCAUCAAGACAGUGAACUCUUUGCACAACCACAUCAUUCCACUUGUGACCAAAAAAAAUGGGCCAUGGGUCACAAACCCAGCAAACAUGGCUGACUUUAGGCAUCAGAAAUCUAACGCUUACUGCAGGCAGUACUUCAGUGAGUCGCUGUCCUGUGGGUUCAAGAAGUGUCGGUUCCAGCAUGUGCCUGUGGAGGGGGACGAGAAGUUCUGUGUUGAAACUGUGACGCGGUUCAUCAAAAAUCCAAUGUGCCUCCAAAAAGCAGGAGCUGUGUUCACAGGCUACUACCACAACAACCCACCAGGAGUGUAUUUCUCCAUGCCGGUGCUUAUGUCACUCCUCUGGGCUCUGCUGAAAGCCGGCAUGGUGCCUGAUGUCUUCUCAGUCCUCAGUGUCAGUCUGGCCCACAAGAUUGUGCCUAGCCAUGAGUUCCUGUUGGCCCUCUUCAACUUUGUGAGAGAAAAGCGUCUCAUGAGUUUCGUACCUGAACUCAUGCAACUCACAUUCAAGAUGGCCAGUGCAGGCCUUGUGCUGAGCUUGGACAGCCUUGACUGUGUAAAAAACUCUCCUGAGGUCCAGCACACCGUCUUUCCAAACUCAGCAUCUGGCAGCCACAAGUUACCCAGCAGCGCACCCUUUCCAGAGUACCUGAAUUUGGCCCAGUCUGUUGUGGAAAUAGAGCUUUGUACCAAGCAAGAGGACUGGAGGCGGAUGGGGGAGGUUUUCAGGUCCAUUGGCCAAUCCAGCCAGCGGCCCAACCAUGUGGAGCAAAUCAGUGGUCGCAUCGCCAUAGCGCUGCUGUCUGAGAGCAAAGACAAGCUGUCACUGCCCUUUGCUGCCUUCUCUGAGACAGUGUGUCAGAAUGAAGGUGACAACAGCCUGGUGAGGAAUUUUUUUGGCAGAAUUGGAGUUUCUCUCAUGUUAAGAUACCACAAAACACAUCAGUGGGUCAAGGGUCGGAGGGUAGUGGAGGUGCUCUCUGGUUCAAAAGUCAACUACUCAACACUGAAGGGAUUGUUCGGGAAUGAGGACAGAGCGUCGCGGUGCUGCCUGAUCACCGUGGCCACUGAGCUCUUCCUCCUGAGUGGCAGCGUGGAGGGAGCUCUGAACACACUGCGAGAAAACAAAUGGUUCCUGAGUUCGGGCUCGUGGCCGUGUGAGCCUGCUGAUCUGGAGAGUAGGACUCGGGUGUUGUUGCGUCUGGCUGAGAAAAGCUCUCACAGAGACACAUUGGAAGUCCUCUGUAACCUCCCUGGAAUCAAAGAACCCAACGACUUGGUCGAUAUCUCCAGGUACUGUCCUCUGUUUAACUCUCACCUGCAAGUGUGUGUGGACAGACAGAUACUUCCUGUAGCUUCAGACACAGUGGACUUCAUGCUCUCUAAUAACCUGGCAGUUAACCACAGUAUGCUGCAGAUACUUUUAAACAAACUAGGCAAGCAGAACCUCUGGCUCCGGGCACGGGAAAUCUUCAGACACUCUCUAAACGUGGGCUACUACCCAGAUGUGUCCGCUCCCGCUGGAUUCAUGACACUGAUCGUCCCCUGUCGACUCGGUGAGGUGGAGCUGGCUCUUGCCUUUGAGAUGUUCAUCACUUUCAAUGCAGCAGUCAUUGUCCAGUCGACCACUUGCGGCCUCAGCAUCACUCUUAAAAGGACUCAAAGCUGUGAGAGCAAGUACCUCUCAGCUAGUAGCCGCCUCCUCGCUGCAGCUUGUAUCCCUCAGCCCAAACUAAUCAUAAGCUACAAAGCAGUUAACUCCUCGCAGGAGCAAGUAUUCACCCUCGACAUUUCCUCAGCUCGGUGCUGGCUUCGCCACAACCAUCUGUGGGCCAAUGAGGUGUGGACGUACUGAACCAUACUGCAGUUUCUGAUGUGUGUCCCUGUCCUUUCUGUGAAACCAUUUAUGUUCCGGAGACAUCAUCUGACUCGGAGGAGAAAGCUAAUGAAAUCAGGAAAACAAACGCAUGUGCAUUUCUGUUGGCUGUGCGUUUAGAACACAAAUGGUCAUGUUUUCUGAUACUAGAAGGUAACGGUCUUUUUGUUUUUCUUUGCAAAGCUAAUAACAAAAUUUUGUUCAAACAUCUUUUAAAACAUGUUAAAGGAUUUUGUGUUGAUUGCUUGUUGCUCAGUUCUUUUAGCUGUUUUUUCUAUGACAGAGGUCUCAGUGUUUGUGUGAUUUGCUGUUGGGAGAAAAAUAAGUGUUGUGAGGUGAAGUAAAACAUAAUUUUGUAGGAUUAUUGGAUUUUGUUUAUAACAGAAAUGUGAAUUGAUUUGAAUGUAUGAAUGUAAAUAUUUAUAAAAAUGUUUCAUCUUUGACAGCAUUAUGUUACCAUAUUAUAUUACUGAUUGUCAAAACCUCAGUCGUUGCUAGCUUAACAGCUGUGAUUUACCUUUUCUUUGUAUGAAGUUUUUAUUAUAAUCAAAACAAAACAAAAAAAAAGUUGUUCUGCUUCAAAAAGUUUGACUCUGUAGUGUUUGUUCACAAAACAAAAAAAAAUUGUUUCCUGGAAUAAAAAAAAAAAAAGAUGUUAAAACCA